UUCAUGAAAAACCAUUUUUCUGGUUAUGUAAGAGGGGAGGAAUCGGAUAGGGGAGUAGCCUGUUCCCUACAGCAUGUUCUCACACCAGCUCAACAUGUGUUUGGGUUAACAGCUCACAUGACUAAUCUAUAUUACAGGGUGACUAUCUCAGACCCCUCGUGUCCUUGGAAACACUAGAUCUGAUGGGGAACCGGGUGAAAAGAGUCAAACCUGCACAGUUCUUUGCAAACAUGACAGAUUUUAAAGACUUAAACAUUGACAGGGGGAUGAUGAGGAACGUUCUACUGCUGGCUGUCUUUGGUAUCUACUUUCGGGGGACCGAAGGCGCCCCAACAUGUUCAAUACAGGGCUCUACUGCAGCUUGUUCUGGCCGGUCUCUACACCAGGUCCCUGAGCUGCCUCCAAACAUUACUGCUGUGGAUUUGAGCAAUAACUACAUCAGAGAGAUAAACGAGACAUCCUUCUCUGGGCUUGAAGGGCUACUGGGACUGGACCUUAGUUGGCAACAAGUGAAUGGGCUAAUUAUAAGAAAUAACACCUUUAAAAGGCUGGCAAACUUGGAGGAGCUCUAUUUAGGAAAUAAUAAAGAUCUACUGAUUGAGACAGAUGCUUUUGUGGGAAUGUCCAACCUGAGAAUUCUGUCUCUGUACACUUGUGACCUCACUGAAUCUAUAUUACAGGGUGACUAUCUCAGACCCCUGGUGUCCUUGGAAACACUAGAUCUGAUGGGGAACCGGGUGAAAAGAGUCAAACCUGCACAGUUCUUUGCAAACAUGACAGAUUUUAAAGACUUAAACAUUAAAUUAAAUCGGAUGGAAAGCAUAUGUGAGGAGGACUUGAUUGGCUUUCAAGGCAAACACCUUCGAUUCCUCAACCUGAACAGUGUCUAUCUAUAUGGCAUGAAUGAGUAUGGCUUUGACUGGGAGAGAUGUGGAAAUCCCUUUCGGAACAUAUCCAUAGAGACACUUGACCUGUCUUUGAAUGGAUUCAAUGUGGACAAGGCAAAACUGUUUUUCAAUGCAAUCCAAGGGACCCACAUUCACAAUCUUAUUCUGGAAUACAGCACCAUGGGGAAAUCAUUUGGUUUCAACAAUAUGAAAGAUCCUAACAAGCAAACAUUUGAGGGCCUCAAAAAUAGUGAUGUUCAAAUUCUAGAUUUGUCCAAAUGCUCUAUAUUUGCUUUGCAAAAUGCAGUAUUCAGUCCAUUGAAAGAGGUAAAAAACAUAACAUUAGCCCAAAACAGAAUUAACCAGAUUGAGAGGGGAGCAUUUUUAGGUCUUGAAAAUUUAGAAACACUCAACCUGUCAUAUAAUCUUUUAGGGGAAAUAUAUUCUUUCACAUUUGACAAACUACAUAAUAUUUUAAAAUUAGAUUUAUCUUACAAUCACAUUGGUGCAUUAGGAUAUCAAGCUUUUUCCGGACUUCCAAACCUACAAAUCCUAGAUCUUACAGGAAACUCUAUUCGGGAACUCAAUACAUAUGGCUCCCCUGCGCCACUACCAAACCUGCAACAUCUUCGUUUGGCUGAUAAUAAAAUCACAUCUUUGCAAGGCCUCUGGGACUUUGCUAACUCUGUUAAGAUACUAAAUGUUCAGAACAACAGGUUAACUAAUUUAGAAGACGUGUACAUUUUGUUAACUAAAUUCACACACAUUGAGCUUUUCUGGUAUGGAAACAACUUCAUACAGUGGUGCACCUUAAACAGUGAUAUUUCAGUUCCCGCAGAAAACUCUCUGAAGUUCCUUGAGCUGAGAAACAUCGCCCUGCAAGUGAUAUGGGCACGUGGACAGUGUUUUAAUUUAUUUGAAAAUCUUAGCAAGCUUUUAGGUCUGUAUUUAAGCUUUAACUCCCUGCAGGCUCUCCCAGAUGGCAUUUUCAAUGGUCUUGUGACUCUGGAAGAGAUGGAUCUCAGCUCCAACUUUCUUACCUACCUCCAACCAGACAUUUUCCCAGAGAGUCUCAAAAACAUUGACCUUUCCAACAAUUUCCUGGCCUCUCCUGACCCAGCGGCUUUCCAUUCCCUCAGCUGGAUCAACCUUCAUGGGAACCGGUUCCACUGUGACUGCCUUCUGAAGGACUUCUUGACGUGGCUGAACGGGAAUAAUGGGACUUUUUAUGAACCCGGCGUGGCUGAAUUCAGCUGUGAGUUCCCCUCUGAUCUACGUGGUGUUCCUCUGUUGAAUUACAGCAGGGUCAUAUCGUGUGACGAGGAUGACGAGGGUCUAACUCAGGAGCUGAUGCUCUCACUCUUCGUCAGCUGCUCUACCCUCAUCGUCCUGUUUACCGUCGGAACUAUCGGUUUUGCCCGUUUCCGUGGAUACAUCUUCAGAGUUUACAAAAAGGUGAUCGCCAGGGUCAUGGAGGGCCCAAUAAAAAAGCCCCAGUCCCAGUAUGACGCUUUCUUCUGUUUCAGCAACAAUGACUACAAGUGGGUAGAAAGCGCCCUUUUGAACAGGCUGGACUCUCAGAUAGCGGAGAGCAACGUCCUCCGCUGCUGCUUUGAGGCCAGAGACUUCAUCCCAGGGGAAGAUCAUCUAUGCAACAUCAGGGACGCCAUAUGGGGGAGCAGGAAGACGGUGUGUGUGGUGUCCAAACAGUUUCUUAAGGAUGGCUGGUGCCUGGAGGCCUUUGCCCUGGCCCGGAGCAGGAUGCUGGAGGACCUCAGAGAUGUUCUCAUCAUGGUGAUCGUGGGCAACAUACCCCACUACAGACUGAUGAAACACGAAGCAAUUAGGAGCUUUGUCCAUAAGAGGGAGUACCUGCAGUGGCCGGAGGACACCCAAGACAUAGAAUGGUUCUACGAUAAACUGACACACAAAAUUCUAAAGGACACAAAGAUAAAAAAGAGAACUGACAAAGAUAAUCGUGAUGUCAUACUUGUUACAAUGCAAACAGUUGCGACUUAAAGGUUAACUUGGGGCUGAAACAGUCAUAACAUGCCCCUUUCUGAAUGCAGAGGAUCCAGCUGACUUUGGGACACAUCCCAAACAUCUUUGGGAUGUUAUAGGGUGUAGACAAUGUUGUGUAGUGAUGUAAUGAACAGCGUUGUGUAGUGAUGUAAUGAACAGCGUUGUGUAGUGAUGUAAUGAACAGCGUUGUGUAGUGAUGUAAUGAACAGCGUUGUGUAGUGAUGCAUUGAACAAUGUUGGGUCCUGAUUUUGGUGUGUUAAUCCUCCUUUCCAUCUCAAUUAAUCUCUGCCUUUUUCUCUUUCAUUCAUAUUUUCUCUCUCUCCUCCUCACUCUUUCAGUUUCUGGUUCUCUGUACCUCUAUGUUCCAAUUUCUCUGAUGUCACCUGUCCAUCAUACUGUGAAAUGAAAUGAACUAACAUCAUCAAUUGCUUAUUUGAUGUGUGGGAAAGUGAUAUUCUACUGUGUGCCAAAGUCUGUGUGUGUGUGUUUGUCUUUGUGAGCAAUUCCAAUAGGUGCUUGCGUGCAGACAAUUGUGAGCACGUGUUUCUGUGUCUUUGUGCAUGUGAUACUUGCGUGCAUGAGUACUGUGUGUGUAUGUGUGUGUGUGUGUGUUUUAGGUCUUACCAAAUGUCCCAACGAGUAUAGUAA